AUGGGUGACGCUCAGUUGGAGACAUCCCAAGCCGCGAUCGCACCAGCUCAUAUCUCCAUGGACCCGGGUGGCUCGUUACCAUUUCAUCAAGAGGUCUUUGAUGACAUCCCAAACACUCUACCAGAGCACAAUGUCAUCAAUCAACCGUACCCCUGUCUUGACUCGGUGCUGCCUCAUUUAGGAGACAUUUUAUCCCCAGUCGAGGCUUCGGAGAUGCUCGAAGUUUAUUUCAAUGAAGAACAUAAUUCCGUGUUCAAGUCAUCCUCGCCCUACAUGCUGGCCCAUGUCCUCCAUCCGUCUUCCGUGCUCCAUCCGACAGAUCCUCGCCCAAUAUCACCAGCUCUGCUUGCGGUUAUUUUAUUUUGCGUUGCCCAGACUGCUGACAUGAGGAUAUUUGAUACCCCUGGGGCCAGGGAGCGUAUGAGCGUGGAUCUCUAUCGUCUCUCGUUGAAUCUUCUUGAGCGCGAAGAUCCAGACAACUACUUUCGAACAUCUGAUGGAUGGCAGUUUCACCAUCCCCAACACGCCAGUGACUCUCCCAGUAACCCACCUUCGGCCCAGGAUCGACAACCCAGUGGAAAGGGCCUACUGCCGAGACAACUCGGCUCCACGGAUGUUAUUCUGGCAGUGGCCAUAUUGACAAUCGUAAUAUCGGGUGGUCAUUACAAAGCAGAUGCGUUGAAAUGGCGCGACAAGUUGUUUCGGCUAAUUCGAGCCAGUGGAUUGACUAUGGAAGAUCAAGACAUCGAUCUCGGUCCUGUAUUCUGCGGUCUCUAUAACGGAGACUCGACUUUCAGGAGAUGGUUUAUUGCUAAAGAAGAGCGCAGGCGCCUAUUUUGGCUCGCCUACUGCCUAGACCGCCAUUUGGCUCUGUCCUUCAAUAUGCGUCUGAUUAUACCAGAAGGCACGUUUUGUGUGCGGACUCCUCUACCCGAGCGGUUGUGGCGGACACUUAAUGCCGCCGAUCUGAACUGCAUUCCAGCUUGUCUACUGGGACCUCCGACACAAAUAUCAGGUACCGGUUUCUUCGAAUAUUUUCUCCCCCUCGCUCGGAUCUUGGGACACAUCAUCGACUUACACCACAUUCGCAACCACCCAACCUUAGGAGAAUUCGUUUCUCAAGACGCGAUUCGCCGACUCGAGGACAUGAUCUCCCGUCGCGAGCAAGAAUUGACUGAGCUGGAUAGUCAGCCCAGUUUAAUGUUUCCUGGAGAAUUAGCUGUCAAACUACCCCUGGUCAAAGCCUACAGCACUUAUUUGUUACAUGUCUUCUACAUUCUGCUCCACGGCAAAUGGGACCCGAUCUCGAUGAUUGAAGACAAAGACGACUGGAUCACAUCAGAAAGCUUUCUGACAUGUGCCUCCCAUGCGUUAAGUGCGACCAGCAUGGUAUCGCAGAUCCUCGCACUUGAUCCGGAAAUGGCCUUCAUGCCGUAUCUAUUUGGUAUUUAUCUUCUCCAAGGGAGCUUCAUCCUGCUCCUUUUCGUGGACCGCAUGCCGGAACUUGGUCCAAAUCGAUCUGUCGAAGAGGUUUGCGAGACUAUUAUCCGGGCCCAUGAAGUGAGCGUUGUCACUUUGGAUACCACGUUUCAGAAAAACUUCCGGAAAGUGUUCCGCUCCAUGUUGUAUGAUGCUCAACAGGCUGGGCCUCAUUCGUGGGAUGAGCAUAAAGCUCGACGAAGGGAACUGCUUUCACUCUACCGCUGGACACCCUUGACACAGGGGCUAGCUUACUAA